AUGGCGUCUUCUGCUACACUGCAUUCAAGCAUGGCGACUUACCCGGAUCUCCAGGGUAAAGUUGUCCUCCUCACGGGUAUCGGCCAGCAAGGCGACCCGUCGAUGUGGGGAAACGGCGCCGCCACGGCUCGAGUACUCGCCCACAACGGCGCCAAAAUAUUCGGCUGUCACUUGAACCUCUCCGCCGCACAGCACACCCAGCAACGCAUCGUAGCAGAAGGGGCUGAUUGCACCGUUGUCGCCACGGACGUUACCAAAGGCGACGAGGUCAAAGCCCUGGUGGACGCAUGCGUGCAAAGAUAUGGCCGAAUCGACAUCCUUGUCAACAAUGUCGGAAAAUCCGAACCGGGCGGACCGGCAGAAAUGAGCGAGGAGACGUGGGGCCAGCAGACGGACGUCAAUCUCAAAUCUGUGUAUUUAUGCUGCCAUCACGUCCUACCCGUCAUGGAAACGCAGGAAACGGGCGGUGUCGUGGUGAACGUGUCCUCGAUCGCUGGCAUCAGAUACAUCGGCAAGCCGCAAGUUGCGUAUAGCGCGACCAAGGCCGCCGUGCAGCAGUUCACCAAGGCGACGGCAGUCAUAUAUGCAAAGCGCGGGGUCAGAUUAAACACCGUUGUUCCAGGGCUGAUUGACACACCGCUGAUGGGUGUUUUGGCGAAUAAAUAUGCCGGUGGUGACCUAGAAGGUUUCACGGCGAAGAGGCACCAAGCUGUGCCGAUGGGGAGAAUGGGAGAUGCGAUAGACGUUGCGAAUGCGGUGGCUUUCUUCGCGUCAGACUCUUCGAAAUACAUCACUGGUCAGGAGUUGGUGGUGGAUGGCGGGAUCACAUCAUCAACGGGUUAA